ACCUCCUCUACGGCCCCCACCUCCUCUACGGCCCCCACCUCCGCUACGUCCCCCACCUCCCCUACGGCCCCCACCUCCCCUACGGCCAGAGAGGGGGUCAGUGGUGAGGGGACAGCGUCGGACCGUACAGAAGGUAACGCUGCUCGUCUCCAGAGGCUAACACAACGUGUCUCUGAGCGUGUGUCUGAGUCUCACUGGUCAGUGUGUGACGGCACUGCCCUAUCAGUGGUUUCUGACCCCCAGACUGACAGCGAGGAGGUUUUAACUCAGUCACACAGUAUAGUGGAGAGGGAAGAGUCUCUCAGUCACCCUCAGACUGACAGAGAGGAGGUUUUAACUCAGUCACACAGUAUAGUGGAGAGGGAAGAGUCUCUCAGUCACCCCCAGACUGACAGAGAGGAGGUUUUAACUCAGUCACACAGUAUAGUGGAGAGGGAAGAGUCUCUCAGUCACCCUCAGACUGACAGAGAGGAGGUGUUAACCCAGUCACACAGUAUAGUGGAGAGGGAAGAGUCUCUCAGUCACCCCCAGACUGACAGAGAGGAGGUUUUAACUCAGUCACACAGUAUAGUGGAGAGGGAAGAGUCUCUCAGUCACCCUCAGACUGACAGAGAGGAGGUUUUAACUCAGUCACACAGUAUAGUGGAGAGGGAAGAGUCUCUCAGUCACCCUCAGACUGACAGAGAGGAGGUUUUAACUCAGUCACACAGUAUAGUGGAGAGGGAAGAGUCUCUCAGUCGGGAUGACGGCAUUGUUCGCAGUGAGGAGACAGACAGAGUCCCGGAAGAGACAGGAACAGGGGAGGAGGUGGAGGAGAGGAGGGAUAGGUGUUCAGAAACCAGGACAGAGACAGAGGAGAGGAGGGAUAGGUGUUCAGAAACCAGGACAGAGACAGAGGAGAGGAGGGAUAGGUGUUCAGAAACCAGGACAGAGACAGAGGAGAGGAGGGAUAGUGGUUCAGAAACCAGGACAGAGACAGAGGAGAGGAGGGAUAGGUGUUCAGAAACCAGGACAGAGACAGAGGAGAGGAGGGAUAGGGGGUCAGAAACCAGGACAGAGACAGAGGAGAGGAGGGAUAGGUGUUCAGAAACCAGGACAGAGACAGAGGAGAGGAGGGAUAGGGGGUCAGAAACCAGGACAGAGACAGAGGAGAGGAGGGAUAGGUGUUCAGAAACCAGGACAGAGACAGAGGAGAGGAGGGAUAGUGGUUCAGAAACCAGGACAGAGACAGAGGAGAGGAGGGAUAGGGGGUCAGAAACCAGGACAGAGACAGAGGAGAGGAGGGAUAGUGGUUCAGAAACCAGGACAGAGACAGAGGAGAGGAGGGAUAGUGGUUCAGAAACCAGGACAGAGACAGAGGAGAGGAGUAGACAUGUUGGCAUCAGUGAGACAGAGACAGAGGAGAGGAGUAGACAUGUUGGCAUCUUGCAGGUGGUUGACACCGGUGAGACAGACUCUCACCAUGAUGACCCUGAGGUCUCCACCGGCCAAUCAGACACUCCCCAAGGAGAGGACCAGACACUGAACACUCUGACCGAGACUCUCAUACACUUAGCCCCCACUCCCACUGACCACCAAACACCAACGCACUACACACCUUCCACUGAAUCAGAGACCGAGAGACCGGAGGACGAGGAGGAGGAGGAGGAGGAGCAAGAGGAAGAGGAAGAGAACCACUCAGAUACUGAGCCCCAAGAGAAAGAAGAGACAGGCCCCAUUCAGCCAGAGGAACCUGUGUUAAAAUCCUGUUCCGUGGACAAGCCAUCCACUGAAACUAACCACAGAGACCCAGAACUACAACAGACCCCAGCAGUGUUUCCAGCCCAGUUAACCCAGUCCCCAGCCCAGUUAACCCAGUCCCCAGCCCAGUUAACCAGGUCCUACUCCCAGUCCAGCCAGUGCUCCCAGUCUUCAGUCUUUCCUAAGUCCCAGACACUGACAGAGGCCCACAACAUCAAUGCUGCUGUCCUCAGUUCUGGGGUGCUCUGUCUGCCUGGAACAAGAGAUAGGGGAGGUCGAGCCCUGGUGACCGUGACCACGAGGAACACCGGCUGGUUGAACCCCAGCUGUGACUGUGGAGAACUGGUCAGAAUCCUGGUCUACUACUACACAAUGCUCAGGAAGGAGGUGCGUUCCCUAGGGUUGACAGUCGUGGUGGACUCCCGGCGGUGCUCCCCUGUCCCCGCUCUGUUCAGCGCCUUCAACAUACUUCAGGAUGCUUUGCCCGGCUGUAUCUACACUGUCCUGUUACUGGCUGAUAGAGACCUGGUUCUACGCCUGGAGAAACCCUCAGCCGUACAGGUGGAGUUGUUGACCUCUCUGAAGUCUCUCUAUAAGCAUGUGGAGGUGUCUCAGCUGCCUACUGAGUUUGAUGGAUCCUUCCCCUUUUCACACAGCGCCUGGGUCUGCUUCAGAACGAGACUGGAACAGCUAACCAGUCACUGUGAGGACGCUGUCAACCUGCUGCAGAGUACCAUCACAGGUCUGGAGUCUACUGUCCUGCCAGCUACUGCUGAGGAGGCCCAGGUGUUACUUGCCAGGUACAGGGGUGUGAUGUGCACCGUCCUGGAGGACAGCCGAUUGGCUAGAUUACAGCUGGAGGGCGGAGCCAUCCUGUCCCGCCUCCGUAAAGAGGAAACCAGUGUCAGCCUCAGAGACGACUACAGAGAUGCCGUAGAGGUUGUGGCUGGUCUGUACGAUCAGGUGGAUGAGCUGGUUCACAAGCUGGUGAUGCUGUCCAACCAACGCACUCAGGAACUGGACUUUAUCAUGGAGUUCAAGAGUCUGGAGCAGGGAUUCAAGGAGGUGAGUGACUGGAUUGAGGAGGUUGGAGACUGA